AUGGCCUGAUCGGCUAUGAAAGAACAAAACCAUGCAAUUAUUGGGGCAGGACGGGAAAGGGGGGAGAGACCACGGGGUAGUUCACCGCAUACCACCGGCGGAACUGUCUCACUGGGACUCGACAAGGGACGAAAUGCGGAAACCCGGCUCUGUACGAACGGUGAGGUGGGAGUGCCGACAGAAGGCGACUGCGGGUCGCUGCUGCUGCUGGGAGAUUGUACUGGACUGUUGUAUACGCGAGAAAGGGACGCCCACGGCAAAUUCGAUGGCGUUGAUUUGGAUCGCUGCACCGUUGUGGGCAAACAACUGCAACAGCACUUAUACGAUGGAAACCGAAGAAACAGGAUCAUAAAAUUCAAAGAGACUUACGGUGGCUUAGCAAGCACAGGGGUUGUCGUAGUAUACUGUACACCGCUGGUUCCGGAAGACACUGGCAGUGUCAUGGACAUCGGUGAAGGAGAAUCCGAUGAGGCUGUCGCCGAUGAUCUUGACGCUCCAGAACUAGAAGAACUACCGGACCUGAAAAAUUCGAUGAAAUAA